AAAAAAGAUAGAACUUCGAAGUAAGCGUGAUCGUCAUAUUGUUCCUCUCUUUGUUCUCACCUCGGCUCUCACAAAUUCCAGCAGUCUCACAGGUUCUCUGUCUCUCCGUCUCGUGUGAACAGCUCGUUAGUUGAAAUGCUUCACCUACUUGUGAUCUCCCCCCCCGCGACUGGUUCCUCGUGCAGAAAUGAUGUAUAUAUAUAGGACGGCCAAAAGGGUCUGCAAAUUUUAACUGCCCCUGAAAUAUGGGAUGCGUUUUCUGGGGAUGUAAGAGCAUAUGGCGGCUCCACUAGAUGGAACCCAGCUGCAAAAGAAUGAAGAUUCCCCUUGAACAUCAAGCUUUGUCAUCAAGCUCUUUGUUGCUUAUGCCCAACUACAUUCGAGUGGCAUGGUUGAUCGUCUGUCUUCUCGUCCAUCAUGUGUUUUGCAGAGAUUAACUUGCAUUCGAGUUGGAGCUGAGGAGAAACUAGCGGAUAAAGCUGGUGCUGCUGAUUAUUCUCAUACUGUUCUACCAUGGCACACUCACAUUUCUCUAUUCGUGGGUUGUCUGCUCCUAUAUCAGGAGCAUUUCCUUUAGACUUUGGAUUAAAAUCAGUUAAACAAUCAUCAUCAUGUGUUGCCGUUGCGUUGGGCGAAGGAAGUAAAGAACGAAUUAGUGAUAUGUUUAACAAGGUUGAACUCUCUCUUUCUUCAUAUGACACUGCUUGGGUGGCUAUGGUCCCUUCGCCUUGUUCUCCACAAAGCCCCCUUUUCCCUAGGUCUGUGAGUUGGUUGAUGAAUAAUCAAUUAUGUGAUGGUUCUUGGGGUCUCCCUGAUCAUCAUCCAUUAUUAAUCAAGGAUGCUUUGUUAUCGACUUUAGCAUGUGUCCUUGCACUUAAGCAAUGGGGUGUUGGUGAAAGGCAGAUAAACAAAGGCCUUGAAUAUAUUGCAUCGAACUCUGCUUCUGUAAUCGAUGACAGGCAGCAUACGCCGAUUGGAUUCAAUAUUUUGCUUUCUGGCAUGAUUGAGCAGGCUGAUUGCCUAAAUUUAAACCUACCCCUGAGACCUGCAGAUGUAGAUUCUGUGUCUUACAAGAGAAAUUUGGAAGUGAAGAGAGGCUUAUCCGGGAUCAGUGGAAGAUACUUGUCUUAUGUUGCGGAAGGAAUGGGAAGUUCUGCAGACUGGGAAAUGAUUAUGAAGUAUCAACGGAAAAAUGGGUCACUAUUCAAUUCACCAUCAACCACAGCUGCUGCUCUAACUCACCUUCAAAAUGCCAGUUGUCUACACUACCUUGAAUCGGUACUAGAGAAGUUUGGUGAUGCAGUUCCAACAAUCUAUCCUUUGGAAAUAUAUGCUCGUCUAUGUAUGAUAGAGAAUUUGGAGAGAUUGGGCAUUGAUCGUUAUUUCAGAAAGGAAGUAAUUCAUGUAUUGGACGACACGUACAGAUGCUGGCUGCAGGGCGAAGAAGAGAUUUUUCUGGACAUUGCCACCACCGCAAUGGCAUUUAGGAUGCUGCGAUCCCAUGGAUAUGAUGUCUCUUCAGAUGCAUUAAAUCAAUAUGCUGAAGAGGAUCAAUUUUGCAAUACACUUGAAGGAUAUGUGAAGGAUGCUGGCUCUGUCUUGGAAUUGUAUAGGGCUUCACAGCUGAUCAUCAAUGAUGAUGAAAUUAUUCUGGAUAAAAUCAACUCUUGGACCUAUGAUUUUCUUAGAAAAGGUUUACACACUGGUAAAAUGCAUGCCAAUAGAUUGGAGAGUUAUAUAUGUGGAGAGGUGGAUGAUGCACUUAAAUUUCCUCUCCAUGCAAACUUGGAAAGGGUAGCAAACAGGAGAAAUAUAGAGCUCUACAACAUAGACAGUACAAGAGUUCUAAAAUGUGGUCUCCGGUCCUGUAACUUUUGCAACAAAGAUUUCCUGAAUCUGGCAGUGAAUGACUUCAACAACUGUCAAGCAAUAUACCAAGAAGAACUCAAAUAUCUGGAAAGAUGGGUCAAAGAGAAAAGGUUAGACAAACUGAAAUUUGCCCGACAGAAGCUGGCAUAUUGUUACUUUUCUGCUGCAGCAAGCUUCUCGCCACCUCAAUUAUCAGAGGCCCGCAUUUCUUGGGCCAAAAAUGGUGUCCUCACUACAGUGGUUGACGACUUCUUUGAUGUUGGUGGCUCCGCGGAGGAGCUUGAAAAUUUUAUAUGGUUGGUUAAAAGGUGGAAUGUAAACUUGAGUGCUGACUGCUGUUCUGAGCAAGUUCAAAUCAUAUUUUCAGCACUUCACUCUACUAUUUCUGAGAUUGGAGACAAAGCAGUGACAUGGCAAGGAAGAAAUGUGACGGGUCAUGUGUCUCAAAUUUGGUUGGAAUUGCUCGAGUCUAUGCUGACUGAGGCCAAGUGGACUAGAAAGAAGGCAGUGCCAACGAUGGAUGAAUACAUGGCAAAUGCAUACGUCUCAUUUGCUUUGGGACCUAUUGUUCUCCCAGCUCUCUACCUUGUUGGUCCUAAACUUUCGGAGGAGCAAGUUGAAAGCCUCGAGUACCACAAGUUAUUCAAGCUGAUGAGCACUUGUGGGCGCCUUCUGAAUGACAUGCAGGGUUUCAAGAGGGAAUCCAGGGAAGGGAAGUUGAAUGCGGUGACAUUGCAGAUGCUUGACAGGAGCAGCACCAGUGAAAGGGAGGCCACAGAGAGGAUGAGUAGUAUUAUCAUCAGUAAAAGGAGGGAACUCUUGAAGUUGGUUUUGCAAGAAAGGGAUAGCAUAGUUCCAAGAGCGUGCAAGGACUUAUUCUGGAAAAUGAGCACUGUGCUGCACUUCUUCUACAUGGAUGAUGAUGGCUUCACUUCAGAUGAAAAAACUAGUGCUGUUAAAGCUCUCCUUGAUCAGCCAAUCACUCUCAAUGAACUGGAAUUGCCUUGAGAGCUCGCGAGCAGAACUCCUAUAGCACUGCUGUCUAUGUCUGUGGGAACGUCGAUCGCACCUGUAUAUUGCAUGACAAUAUGUACUAACAUUUCUGUGCCUAAUGACGGAGGCGUGAUCAUAUCCUACUUAUGCUUCUUGCUUUUCAA